AUGAGCGUGACGGUCUCUCAUCGCCCGGCGGCCGUGUGUCUCGGCAUCGGCGUGGCCGUCCUCGCGUCGGUCUCGUUCUCUGGACACAACAAGAAUCUAUGGCGGGCUCUCCGCCAGGCGUCUGCACACUGUCCGGCUCGACGUGGUCUAUGUAGCUCCCACAAUGGACGACUGUCGCGUGGACCGUUACUGCCCUGUGUGAAGGAACUCGAGCAGGUGGAUCAUCGCAAGCUCAGUACGCAGAAGAUCACGGUCGUGCAGCUAAACAUCUUGGCGAGCAACUUGGCGACACGCAACCACUUCCCGUACGUCUUGGAGUCGAGUUUGAACUGGGAGAACCGAAAGAUGGCGUUGCUGAGGCAAUUGGACGCACUGGACGCAGACGUGCUGUGUCUCGAGGAACUCAGUGACUAUUGGACAUUUUUUAAGCCAGAACUACAAGAUCGAGGGUACGAAAGCGUCUACGUCAAGCGUCCGUCCAUCCACGUGUCGAACUGGUCCGGCGAGAAGAAGCACGACGGUUGCGGGAUUUUCUACAAGAAAGACAAGUUUGAGCUAAAAGAGUUUGAAGCCGUGAACUUCCAUGAUCCGCACGACCGGGUGGCCGUUUUGGCGUUUCUGAAGAUGCGUCACUUUGCGCAGUUUGUGCUGGUUGGCUGCACACACUUGUGGUGGAAUGCCAAGAAGGUGGAUCACCAGAUGGCGGAGCUGUUUGAGCUGGAGGAAGAGGUCAUUCGCAUGAGCAGCGACGUGAAGGACAAGUACGAGCGUGAGCUAGCUGCGACGUACACGGGUCAGAACAGCGUACCGAUCGUGCUAUGCGGCGACUUCAACAACUCGCCCGAGUCGCCCGUUUACGAGUACAUGGAAAGCUCGUUCAUGCAGAAACCCAAUGUGGAGGGCGUGAGCGAAGCUUUUCGUAGUGCCUACGCGUUCUACAAGUCAAACGCACUGGCAAGCGCACGAGAACAGUCAGCAGAGGCACUGCAAUCGCUCGAGGUCGAGGAAGGCGAGAAAGCUGAGCCGCCGCACACUACCGUAAACUUUCGGCGCUGCUGGACGAUUGACUAUAUCUGGUACUCGAAGAGCAGUUUGGUUCCGUCACGCGUGCUGGCGAUUCCGCCCGAGUCCGAGUUACGGGCUGAAGACGGCCCGCCGAACUGGUUCAACCGACUGAUUCUGUCCGACAGCUUGGACCGAUCCGGCCGCCUGCCAUUGGGUCUCCACGGCAACUACAACGGCAUCCCCAAUUCCGUACAUGGCAGUGACCACGUGCCCAUAAUGGCCGAGUUUGAGUUCCUCUGCGCUAACGAUACCGAAACAUGUUGA